UCGUGCGGAAGUUAACUCUAAAACUUAUUUCUCAUGCGCACUAAACGUACUUCCGCCUCCAUUCAUCGCAUCACUAAAAGUCUCUCUGAUGCUCAGAAUUCCUCUUAACUCCUAAAUGAAUUUAUAAUAGAUUUCUCUACCACCCGACGCACUUAUAACAAUAACACUAUCCUUUAUAAGAACACUUCCAAUAUCAGAUGACAUUGGAAUAACUGAAGAUACAUUCUCAUUAUUUAUCAUCUUUUAAAGACCAAAAUGAAAAUAUUGUACAGAACAGAUAUAAAAGAUUGUUUCUAUGAAUCUAUGGUAGAAUUCCUCUGAUAUAUUUACUCUGAAAUGUGUUAUUAGCAAACUUUCAGGACAUCACAGGUUGGAGUGUCUACAAAAUGAGUCUGGUUGCAAAUUAAACGUGGAUAAAUUUACUAAAGAGUUUUGGGACAAAGGUGACACUGGACAGAGAUACAGCUGUUAAAAUAUUUAUAAGCAAAAGACAUAGAAGCAAAUAGAAAAACAAAAAAUAUGUGAUUUUCAAAGAAACAAAAUGGAAGAAAGUGAAAAACUAAAGGAACUAAUUUUUCCUGAAGAUAAAGAAAAGGGGAGGAGGAUAUCACAUGACUGUGAUGUCUGUAAAAAGUCAUUCUCUUAUAAGAGCAGCUUGAAUAUGCACAAACGUAUUCAUACAGGGGAGAAGCCAUUUCACUGUGUCAUAUGCGGAAAAUCAUUCUCAAACCGAAGUGAUUUAAAAUCUCACAUUCGUAUUCAUACAGGAGAGAAGCCAUAUCAGUGUAACAUCUGUAGUAAAUCAUUCACUCAGAAUGGUGCUUUAACUUCUCACAAACGUUUCCAUACAGGAGAGAAGCCAUAUCACUGUGAUAUCUGUAAUAAAUCAUUUUCUGUAAGUAGUAACUUAAUUACUCACAGACAUAUCCAUACAAGAGAGAAGACAUAUCAUUGUGGUGUCUGUGGUAAGUCAUUCUCUUCAGCUAGUAUCUUUGCUACACACAAGCGUAUCCAUACAGGAGAGAAGCGUUAUCACUGUGACAUCUGUGGUAAAUCAUUCUUUCAAAAAAUCCACUUGACUACACACAAAGGUAUCCAUACAGGAGAGAAGCCAUUUCAUUGUGACACUUGUGGUAAAUCAUUCUUUCAACAAAAUAACUUGACUACACACCAACGUAUUCAUACAGGGGAGAAGCCAUUUCACUGUAAUGUCUGUAGUAAAUCAUUUUUUCAAAAAAAUAACUUGACUAUACACAAACGUAUUCAUACUGGAGAGAAGCCCUAUCACUGUAAUGUCUGUAGUACAUCAUUCUCUUGCCAAAGUACUUUAAAUUCUCACAUAGGUGUUCAUACAGGGGAGAAGCUAUUUCACUGUGACGUUUGUGGUAAAUCAUUCUCACAGAAUUAUAACUUGACUAACCACAAACGUAUUCAUACAGGAGAGAAGCCUUAUUGCUGUGAUAUCUGUGGUAAGUCAUUUUCUCAAAGUGGCCACUUAGUUUCUCACAAACGUUUCCAUACAGGAGAGAAGCCAUAUCGCUGUGAUAUCUGUGGUAAAUUGUUCUCAAGAAGUAGUUGCUUGAAUAUGCACAAACAUAUCCAUACUGGAGUGAAGUCAUUUCACUGUAACAUUUGUGGCAAAUCAUUCUUUCAACAAAAUAACUUGUCUACACACAAACGUAUUCAUACAGGAGACAAGCCUUAUCACUGUAAUGUCUGUGGUACAUCAUUCUCUUACCAAAGUGCUUUAAAUUCUCACAUACUUGUUCAUACUGGGGAAAAGCGAUUUCACUGUGACAUUUGUGGGAAAUCAUUUUCUCAAAACUAUAACUUGACUAACCACAAACGUAUUCAUACAGGAGAGAAGCCUUAUCACUGUGAUAUCUGUGGUAAAUCCUUCUCUCAAAGUAGUGGCUUAGCUACUCACAAACGUUCCCAUACAGGAGAGAAGCCAUAUCGCUGUGAUAUCUGUGGUAAAUUGUUCUCCACAAGUAGUUACUUGACUACACACAAACGUCAUCAUACUGGAGAGAAACCCUAUCACUGUAAUGUCUGUAGUAUAUCAUUUUCUUCACAAAGUGCUUUAAAUUCUCACAUACUUGUUCAUACAGGAGAAAAGCGAUUUCCCUGUGACGUUUGUGGUAAAUCAUUCUCUCAGAAUUAUAACUUGACUAACCAUAAACGUAUUCAUACAGGAGAAAAGCCUUAUCGCUGUGAUAUUUGUGGUAAAUCAUUCUCUCAAAGUGGCCACUUAGCUUCUCACAAACGUUUCCAUACAGGAGAGAAGCCAUAUCGCUGUGAUACUUGUGGAAAAUUGUUCUCCAGAAGUAGUUGCUUGUCUAUGCACAAACGUAUUCACACAGGAGAGAAGCCAUUUCACUGUGAUAUCUGUGGUAGGUCAUUCACUCAACAUGGCAACUUAACUUCUCACAAACGUGUUCAUAUAGAGAAGAAGCAAACCCAUUGAUAGUUGUGGUAAAUUGAUUUCGAUAAGUGGUCACUGAACACUUUGCCCGACAGAUUAUUCUGUCGAAUGUCAUGUUUAUUGACAUUAUUUUUCAAUUUGUCAUGCAUUAUCUCACAGCUUUCAAAUUUUGAUGAUGUGAUUGUUUAUCUUCAGAAUAAUAUUGUAAGGUAGGUGUAAGAGGUCAAUUCUGGAUAGUUUGAACAUAAAAUUGGUAGAAUAUUAGGGGCCUGAUAUGGCCACUUUAAAUGCUAAAGGGUUAACCCUGCAAGGACCAUAGCAUUGAAAAUCUUUAUUCAGUCCAAUUUAUUUGAAUAUAAGCAAAUGCGGUUAAUAAAGGCUUUGAAAAUA